AUGAAGUUGCUGCCCAGCAAUUUAGCGCGUAAGCUACGACGCUGGAAAAAGUUAAGAAAGUCGCCGCUGCAACGCAAAUUGGAUUUGCUGCAUGAAAGCGCACGCAAGCGCGCCUUUCAGCAUAUUUCAGCGGACUAUGUGUUUGAAGCGCAAAAGGAGUUUGCAGACAAUACGCUCACAACGCUGCGCGUAAAGCAACGUGAACCGUAUCUAAACAAUGGCAGCUUUCAUGAAGCUGUUGGCAAGGUGCUGCUCACAGCUCAAUGCUUUGCUAUGAUGCCAGUGCGUGGUGUAACCGCCAAGCAUCCGAGCAGACUCAGCUUCAGCUGGCGGCAUGUGCGCACCAUUUGCUGUCUCAUUUUUCUAAUCUCCACGCUGUGCGAUUUGGGCUUGACCAUAUACAAAGUUGUGCAUGGCCCUAUUAACUUUAACAACAUUAAGCCUAUAAUAUUCAAAAGCUCUACGCUUUUGGUUUGUCUUACAGCUUUGAACUUGGCGCGUAAUUGGCCCAAGUUAAUGCUACAUUGGCGUGAGAUUGAACAGGAUUUGCCCGAGUAUCAUACACAGCAGCAAAAGUGUCGCAUGGCUCAUACUAUCAAUAUGAUUAUGCUUAUAGGCAUGAUGUUGUCAUUUGCGGAGCAUUUGUUGAGUAUGAUUUCGGCUAUAAAUUAUUCAUUCUACUGCAAUGCUACGGACGAUCCUGUGCGCAACUUUUUUAUGCUAACCAACGAUCAUAUCUUUUAUGUUUUCAACUAUGCAGCGCCGCUGGCUAUUUGGGCCAAGCUGCAAAAUGUUUAUGCCACCUUUAUAUGGAACUAUAUGAAUAUAUUUGUUAUGGUUGUGAGCGUUGGACUGGCCUCAAUUUUUCGACAGCUAAAUGAAAAUUUGCGCAUCUUUAAAGGCAUGCAUCUGCCGCCUUCGUAUUGGUCGGAGCGUCGCAUACAAUAUCGCAAUAUAUGCACACUGUGUGGCAAAAUGGACACCGCUAUAUCCUUAAUUACAAUGGUUAGCUUCAGCAACAAUCUUUACUUUAUAUGCGUGCAGCUGCUGCGCAGUCUUAACCCCAUGCCUUCGGUGGCGCAUGCUGUCUACUUUUAUUUCUCGCUCAGCUAUCUGAUUGGUCGCACUCUGGCCGUAUCCUUGUAUGCAGCCAGUGUGCAUGAUGAGUCGCGUCGCUCGCUGCGUUUUCUGCGGCUUGUGCCCAAGGACGCUUGGUGUCCGGAAGCCAAGCGCUUUGCUGAGGAAAUCAGCAGCGAUUUGGUUGCCUUAAGUGGCAUGAAGUUCUUUUAUCUAACACGCAAGCUCGUGCUAAGUGUUGCCGGCACAAUUGUUACUUACGAACUGGUGCUUAUACAAUUCCAUGAGGAUCAGGAUUUGUGGGAUUGUGAGGCGAGUGGAAAUUCGUAAAAAUUGUUAAUAAAUAA